AUGUUUUUUUUUCUUUUUUUGCAGCCCAAGAGCAAGAUAUCAGCCUCUCGCAGACUGUCUUUGAAGAUCUUGCUCCUGACUAGGGCUAAGGAGGACCUUGAGAGGGAGAAGAUGGAGAGAGAUGAAGAAAAAGUACGGUAUUUGGAAGAAAAAUUACCUCCUCUGCAGAUGUCCGGACUCUCAAUGGAGGAGUUACAGGCACUUUGCAAGCAGCUGUAUGCAAAAAUUGAUGUUGUUGAUGAAGAACGAUAUGACUGUGAGGCAAAAGUGAUCAAGAACAAUCAAGAUAUCCAUGAGUUGAAACUGAAGGUCAUGGAUCUGGGAGGGAAGUUCAAGAAGCCGGCACUGCGCAAGGUGCGCGUUUCAGCUGAUGAGAUGAUGCGUGCCCUGCUGGGAUCCAAGCAUAAGGGUUCCAUGGACCUCCGUGCCAACCUCAAGUCUGUCAAAAAGGAGGACAUCAAGCAGGAGAAGGUGCUUACUACUGAGGUCGGGGAUUGGCGUAAGAAUGUGGAAGCCAUGUCCGGCAUGGAGGGCAGAAAGAAGAUGUUCGAUGCUGCUGGUGGUGCCCAGUGAGCCCCAGUGAGCUAGUACAACAUGCUUCAGUAAAUACUGAAGAAGAGGAAGUGUGAAAGGGAAGAGGAAGUUAUAUAUCUGAGUGUAUACUCCAGAUAAUAAGGGAUUCAGUUAUAUAGAUUUCUGUGCAAAGUAACUGGUGUGCAAUUUAUCUUUAUUUCUAACAGCAGGGAAAUGAAAAUGGCUGUGUUGGAAGGCAGGUCUUUGGAUGAAUUGAGACAAAGCAUGGAAACGGAGUAGGAGAAUGACAGCAUCUAAUGUGGAGUCGGUGUCAAAUGGCUAAAAUGAUAAUUAAAAGAAAAAAUAAACAUCUUUAUUGGUGAAGCACCAGGAAUAUUAUGUAUCAAAGCAGACUUCCAUAAAGACCAGAACAGAACCAACUAUCUGACCACUGCUUGGAUUUGAACAUUGAAUUCCAGGCUUAAAGAAAAUAGUGGCUACAGCCUUGCAACUGACGUAGAUUCACAGCAUUAGAUGUUUUUUUUUCCGAACACAAACUUUUCAUUUCUUAUUCUAAGUACUUGACUCAACAGUGCACUGUCAAGUGCCAUUA